AUGCCUGCCUCCGGUAUCUCGCCUCCGGUCUCGACUGCUACAGCACCCUCCUCGUCAUCCCCGCCCUCAUGCGAAUCUUCCUUCCUGUCGCAACCCGCUGCGCAGACUCCCACAAGACAACCCGUCGCCGACCUGACGCAAACCCCCGAUCUUGCGCUCUCGUCGCACGCCAAAAUAGACGUGUCAACUCCCGACUCGGAAAAACACCCCAAAGGCAAAAGGAAGAGGACUGCUGCUAAAGACAAGUCCAUUCUCGAGGCCGCCUAUAUCGGGAACCCGAAACCGGACAAGGCGGCGCGUCUGGACAUCGUGAAACGCGUUUCCCUCAACGAGAAAGAGGUCCAAAUAUGGUUCCAAAAUCGUCGACAGAAUGAUAGACGCAAAUCCCGCCCCCUCUCUGCACAGGAGAUUGCUGCUCUUCGGUAUGGUGGCAUGCAAAUUCUCUCAUCCGACCCCGUGGCGUACAGCUCUUCCUUGCCCGAGGAGAAGACAUCGCCAGUGGCAGAUGCUGCCGCCGUGCAGGCGCCGAUGCCGGCAGAGACACCAGUCAAGUCUGCAUCCACGGCGAUCGAGGAUGCGGGUGAACGACCUCAGCACGCAACCCCGUCCGUCCCGACUCCUAACGUAGGAGACAAGAGCUUGGAAACACCAACUUCUCAACUCACAGACUCUUCUUCCUUGCCGCAAUCCACUGGAUCCUUCUCCUUUUCAAGUUCCCUUGGAUUUCUGACCAACCGAUGGAACCCUACGAGUUCCUUCUCGACACCCUCAACGCUGAAUCGCAGCGUUGACGAUACCCCUAAGUCCGAACAGUGCCCUCCCUCAUCUUGCUCAUCAGUUGCAUCUGCAUCGCAUAUCCUGCCUCCUCCCCAGUCAUCCCAGUCGUCACAACAGUCUAAUGUGCGGCUGUCGCUUUCACUGGAAGGCAAAGCUCAGGUCGUCUCCAACGAUGCUUCACCUCCUCAGAUCCAGUCCACAAGGCUGCUCCCAGACUUAUCGACCUUGCCUCAACCCAGGUUAGCCCGACCGCUCCAGCGUAGCCACAGUGCACUUGCUAGUGUGACUCUGCCUCCUAUCACAGCCCUCACUGAUUCGCUGCCACCGACGUUGGGACGGGGUCGCUCUCGGGAUGCGCACGCAUGGGAGUUGUGCUGUGACGCCGACACUCGGGAUGAGCUCACCGCCCAAGCCGAAAAUGAAUCCAACGGCUCCGCAGUUGCCGCCAUCAGCCUUCUUCGCUCAACGAGCAGCAUUCUUCAAAAUAACACUUCUAAGCGGAACUGCCCAGCUAGUAGACCGAUGCCUCGGUCUCAACAGGCCAAGAAGCCCAGGCUGAGUCGAACGUAUUCCAGCAUGGCAAGGAUGCAAACACCAGUUGGUGGCGGCGACAACUCAUUGGCUCACUCAAACAACGAUAAGGCGGCAAACGACAAAGUCAAGGUCAACAUGCUCAUUUCUCCGAGCGACUCUGACAAGGAAAAUUGGAGCCCUGAUGCCAACGGCAACCCAGGCAAGAUGUCGCCACUUUCUGAUGCUAGAAGGCCAUUGCCGACCACCGCUGGCAGCAAACCCAAUGCGAGACGCACUGGGCGGGUUCUAGGUUAUCACUCUGUGCCGGCCAUUUUCAGCGGCAACCGUGCCAGGACGAUGCCUGCCAUGGGGCGCCGAGAUUACGGAAAAGAUAUGGCCAUAUUUGUAGACGAUCGAAGUUCGCCUGCACCCAAAGAGACCGAGGAGGUGGAGAAAUUCAUGCGCGGCGGCGAGGUCAGUCCGAGCAAGAAGGGGGAUAUGGAUUGCAUUGCAGGUCUACUUUCUCUCAGCCAAGGAGCUUGGAGAUAG